GCGAGUCUCGUGUGUUUACGUGGAGAAACAUGGCGGCGACGGUGACAGCAGAAUCGAGUAAAACACUGAAGAAGUCCCACAGAUUUACCGUUUGAGCCGAAGCGGACCACAUGUCAGCGCGCCGCGUUUAGCACUUUUCUGACGCGCGUCUCUCCGUGUUUUAGCCGCAGGAACCGCGGAGACGAUGGAAGACGAGGAGCGACAGAAGAAACUACAGGCCGGCAAAGCGAAGCUGGCCGAGUACCGUCAGAGGAAAGCUCAAUCCGAUGGCCAGAAGAAGCAGAAGAAGAAGAAGAAGAAGCCUGAAGCGGACGCAGAGGAGCAGAGAGGAGAUCAGACCACAGUGAUGUCUCUCUCUAAGACCCUGAGGAGCGGAGAAACAGUCACACACCAGCAGACCUACUCCAUCCAGCCCGAGAGUGAAGUGUCCACGACCGCUGAAGACUGCUCCUCUGAGGUAAAUGGUUUCCACGAGAGGACUUCCUGUGUGAUCAGGGAGGAAGAUCUGGAGGGGUUCGAAGCGCACAUGGAGCCUCCGAGCCCCAGACAGGACGUGGAGGACGAGCUGGCCGCUAAGAGCCUGGCCCUGGAGGAGCUGAGGAGUGAGCUGGAGGACAUCAGGUUUGGAGCUGAAGGAGUGCAGCAGCUGCAGGACUUUGAGGAAGCGCUGAAACAGAGGGAUGAAAUCAUCACGCAGCUCACCUCCAAUCUGCAGCAGGCUCGAACCGAGAAGGAGGAGGUGAUGAGGGAGUUUCUGGAGCUGACGGAGCAAAGCCAGAAGCUCCAGCUUCAGUUCCAACAGCUGCAGGCCGGUGAGAUAAUGCGUAGCUCCAACAUCAGCUCCACCGCUGCAGAUCUGCUCCAGGCCCGUCAGCAGAUCACGCUGUACCAGCAGCAGCUGGACGAGAGGGACGCACAGGUCAGAGGUCACCAGGAGAAGACGCAGGAGCAGCUUCUAUUGAUCACGCAGCUCCAGGAGAGUCUGAGUGAAGCAGAGAGGCUCCGCACACAAUCUGAAGAAUCGUUUGCUCAGAGUUUACGAGAAAAGGACUCGCUGAAUACUGAACAUCAGCGUCUGAUAACACAGCUUCAGGAUCAGCUUCUGUCUUCCAAACAACAAGUGGAGGAAGUCAACAAACAUCUGUCAGUGAAAACCCAAGAGCUAGACGCCUGUGAAAAAGAGCUGUCCGCGUCCAGACAGAAAGAGCGCAUGUCGUCCGGAGAAAUCCUGCAGCUGAUGAAGAGCGUGGAGGAGCUCCAGCAGCGCUGCCAAUCAGAGAGACUCGAGGACGACUGGAGACGCCGGAUGGAGACGCUGAGAGGCGAACUGGACGAGAUGUACGGUCAGCAGAUCGUGGAGAUGAAGCGGGAGCUUCGCACGCAACACACGACAGAGCUGGAGCGAAUCCAAGCGCAGCACUGCUCAGAAACGGAGAAGAUGGUCCAUCAGCAUCAGUCAGAGCUGGAGAGGUGUAAAGCUCAGCUGUUCCAGAGCGCCGGAGACGCCAACGUGCUAAACGUGAAGCUCGUCGAGCUCCAGAAGAAGCUGCAGGAGACGCUAGUGUUGCGAGAAAAGGCGGAGCAAGAGCUAGCGCAGACGAGAACAGAUAAACUCGGUCUGGCGCAGGAGUUGGAGCGAUUGCGCGACGAGCUGCAAAGAGCAGAAAUACAGAGCCCAGAGAAAAUACAACACACUGUUAGCGACCUGCGGGCGCAGCUAGAUUCGGCGCACAAAGCCAACGGCGAACUAGAAGCCAAGCACGAAUCAGAAAUCACCAACUAUAAGAUCAAACUAGAGAUGCUAGAGCGGGAGAAAGACGCGGUGCUGGACCGCAUGGCCGAGUCGCUGGAGUCCGAGCUGGAUCUCUUGAGAACGCAGCUCUUGUUCAGCCACGAGGAGGAGCUCUCACGACUCCGAGACGACCUCACACGGGAAAACCAGCUCAACGCGGAGAACCUGCGCGACGAGAUGGACACGAGACACCGCGAGGCUCUGGACCAGCUGCGGUCGGUGGAGAGCGAGAGAGCGGCGCUAGCUUCAGAGAGACUCGCGCUGCUCCAGGACAUCGCCCGCCUUUCCUCGGACAACGAACAGAUGUGUGCGCGACUGAACGAGCUUCAGGAGGAGACGGAGAAGCAGAGAAACACCUUCUCCUUUGCUGAGAAGAACUUUGAGGUGAACUACCAGGAGCUGAAGGACGAGUACACGUGCCUCGUGAACGCUAAGCUACAGCUCGAGCGGCGCUUGGAACGUGAGACGGAGGUCAGAGGUCACGAGGAGGUGGACGGGAAGACGCUGAUGGAGAAACACACCACAGAGCUGAUGGAGAAGCUGGAGACGGCCGAGAAGGAGAAGAAGAGCUUGACCGAGCGUCUCUCGCUGAUGGAAGCGGAGCUGGAGACGCUGAAGAGAGGCAGAGAUGAAGAGCUGGGGUCUGAGACACAUGUCCACAUGAGGAGCGAGAGAGACAGCGCACACAUGAGGAGCGAGAGAGACAGCGCACACAUGAGGAGCGAGAGAGACAGCGCACACAUGAGGAGCGAGAGAGACAGCGCACACAUGAGGAGCGAGAGAGACAGCGCACACGCAGCAGCGCAGGAGGAACAGGUGUUGAUGGGAGACGCUGUCAGAGUCUCGCUCAUGAUGCAGCCGCAGGAAAUGGACGGCUCUGAUCAUGAUGAGUGUCGUCUGCAGCUGGAGGCUCAGCGCAUCAGUCUGUCUCAGAUACACACCGCUCAGCUCGAGCUGCUCAGAGAGAGUCUGUGUGAGCAGACACCGGAGGAGAUGAGGAGAGAUGACGGUCAGCGCGCAGGUCGUGUUUCUCCUGUUCCUGCGGAGCUCAAGUCCGAGUCUGAUGAGUGCUCUGAGCGUCUGGAGAUCGAGCGGCUGAAGAGCUACUAUCAGCAGCAGAUGGAGGAGACGCAGGAGCGCUUCACAGCCGAGAUCCUCCUGCUGCAGAGCAGACUCCAGGAGCUCACAGGAGCCGGAGAGGUCUUCAGCAUGCCGAGUAUCUGUCCGCCGCAGACGAGAGACGAGCAGCGUGAACCUCUUCAGGAGGAGAGACUGAGAGGAGUGUGUGGUCUGGAGGAGCCUGAGCUCAGACGUCUGGAGGAGGAGAUCUCCAAGGUGAUCGUGCAGAUGUCGGUGGAGUUCGCCCAGCAGACUGAAGAGACUCGGAUCAGCAGACAGAGCCGAGAGACGAGCGCUGGGACACAGACGGACAGCAGAGAGGAAGAGGAGGACCCACUGAUGAAGUCUCCUGAAGAAGAGCACAGACCACAGGAGGAUGAGGAGGAGUGUCUCAGAGCGUCACACACACUUCAGCUGGAGCAGAACACACUCCUGACGGCUCAGAUACACACUCUCACCCAGCAGCUCCUGCAGACGGAGCUGGAGCUGCAGCAGACCGAGAGACACAGAGAUCAACACCUGCUUCCCAGCAUGCAAAGCUGCAGCACACAGACGGAGCAGACGCAAGAGGAGGAGGAGGAGGAGGAGGUCAGAGGUCAGGGAAGAGCUGUGACCAUGGAGCCGGAGCUCUCGUCUGAUGAGGUCAUCACUGAGAGGGAUGCUCUGUGUCUGGUGAACGCUCGUCUGCGUCAGGCUCUGCUCGAGGUGCUGAAGACCACCGCUGCGGUCGAGGAGACCAUCGGCCGUCAUGUGCAGAGGAUCCUGGAGGCGUCCAGCGAGGGUCAGGACACAGACGUGUCCCCUGAGGGUUUCCUCAGCAGAGAGACCGAGAGAGACGAAGAGCUGGAGCUGUGGCUGAAGAUCCAGGGGGCGGGGCUACAGCUGCAGGGGGCGGAGCUCCCGCCAGAGGGGGAGGGGUUUCUGAUGAGCAUCAGCACACGACUGCAGAGCGCUGUGGAGAAGCUGCUCAUCACCAUCACUGAGACCAGCACUCAGCUGGAGCAUGCUCGGAUCACACAGACGGAGCUGAUGAGGGAGAAGUUCAGACACAGUGAAGAGAUGGAGGAGCUGCAGCACAGACAGGAGGAGCUCCAGGAGCGACUGUGUGAGGAGGAGAGAGCAAGAGAACAACUGGCACUGGAGCUACACACAGCUGAAGGAGUGAUUGACAGCUACAGCGGCGAGCGUCUGGCGCUCGAGCAGCAGAUCCGCGAGCGAUCCGAGCUACAGCUGCAUCUGGAGCAGGAGCUGUGUGUGACCGCUAGCCGUCUGCGUGAACUGGAGCAGGAGCGUCUGCAGAUUCACCACGAGCACGAGCUACUGUCUCGCCAGCAGGACGCCAUGAGAGAGGGGGCGGGGCCUCGAGAGCUGCACCUGCUGGAAGAGACAGAGAAGCUGAUGGCGGAGAAGGUGGAGGUGCAGCGUCAGGCGCAGAAGGAGAGCGGGGAGCUGCUGCAGCAGGUGAAGCAUCUGGAGGCGGAGCUGGAGGAGCAGGUGAGCCGUCUGCAGGAGCUGCAAGAGACGCACAGCACAGAGACGACCGACCUGAGGCAGCAGAUACAGGCUUUAGAGAAGCAGCUGGAGAACAACCGCAAGUUCAUGGACGAGCAGGCGGCGGACAGGGAACACGAGCGAGAUGUCUUUCAGCAGGAGAUUCACAACCUGGAGCAGCAGCUGAAGAAUCCCACCAAAACACAGACAGGAAGUGACCGACGGGACAGAGAGGUGCAGGAGCUGAGCGCGGCGCUGCAGGAGAAGGCAGACUGGUGCAGUGAGCUGUUGUUGAGCUCGGAGCAGCUGCAGAGAGAUGUGUGUGAGAGAGACGAGGAGAUCGAGACGCUGGGAGCACGUCUGAGGGAGCUGGAGCACACACUCAUGCACAGGGUGGAGGAGGUCCAGCAUGUGUCUAUGGCGAGCAGGGCAGACGUCACACUGGAAGCACAGCUGCAGACAGAGAGAGAGGCUCUAGACAGGAAGGAGAAAGAGCUGGUGAAUCUGGAGGAGCAGCUGGAGCAAUCCAGAGGAAGGAGGAUCAGCGUCCAUCAGCAGGAUCAGGCCCGGCUCGCUCAGGUGUUGGAGGAGAAGGACAGGCAGAUAGCCGUCCUAAACGAGCAGCACACUGGAACAGACCCUGAGAAAGAGGCGGAGGAGGAGAAGGACGAGGUUCUGCGAGAGAUGGAGGCGCAGGUGGAGUGUCUGAGGAGCGAGCAGGAGCGUCUGAAGAGGGACAGCGAGGAGGAGGUGGAGCAGCUCAACGCCGUCAUCGAGAAGCUGCAGCAGGAGCUGACACACAUCGAGCUCAAGCAGCGUCAGGACGAGAGCGAGGAGAUGAAGCAGAGGAUGGAGGAGUCUCUGAGGGAGAAGAGCGCUGCGCUGGUGGUGCUGCAGGCCCAGGUGCAGGCGCUGGAGGAGAGCGCAGGGUCACAGGUCACCAGCUUGAGUCAGCGGGUGGAGGAGCUGGAGACCAGUCUGGAGCAGAAGGACUCAGAGCUGCACACAUGCAGGUUGAAGGUGGAACAAGCGCAAACGGACGCCGACGCUCUGUACGCUAAAGUGACUCAGCUGGAGGAGAAACUCAGGGAGAAGGUGGCCACUGUUCUGGUCUGUCAAGCACAACUGGAAGCCGUCCAGAUGCAAACCAAAGAGCUCCACGCCGAGGCCCACGCAGGAGAAGCCAUGGGCCCCAGCACGCAGCAGCGGUCGGAGGGCCUCACGGCGCAGGACGGAGCCUCCACAGGGAAGACAAGUCUGCUGACGGAGAAGCUGACGGAGCUGGAGGAGGGUCUGAGCGGGAUGCAGAAGGACCAGGAGCUGCAGAAACAGCUGUUGAGCAGCUCUGAGGAGGAGGUGAUGGAGUACGAGAGGAGGUUAGCCGUGAUGAUCGACCUACUGAACCACAUGAGAAGCAGACCUUCCCAUCACAGACUGGUGUCAGGUGAGGCCAGUCAGUCGCUGUCAGAGCAGCUGCAGGAGGUCAAAGGUCAAGCUGCGUCCACUCAAGAGGAGCUGAGCUGCUACAGAGAACUGAGGCACAAGCUUCAGGAGGAGAUGGAGGUCUCGGCGAGCACGCGUGAUGAAGACGCUGCUCAGCUGCUCCAGGAGCUGCAGGAGGUCAGAGGUCAAGCGAGCAGCAGACUGCAGGAGCUGGAGAGCAGCAGGGAUCAGAGCGUCAGACUGCAGGAGCUGCUACAGGAGCGAGAGAUGAGCAUCGCUCUGCUGAAGGAUCAGCUACACCGGGCCUCACAGGAGAGCGAUCAGUCCACGGCCGAGCUGCUACAGGAGCUGCAGGAGGUCAAAGGUCAAGCGGCCGCCACCAAAGAGCAGCUGAGGAGCUCCCAGGAGCGCAGCCUCAAACUGCAGGAGGAGAUCGAGGUCAGAGACGCCUCCAUCGCUGAGCUGAAGGACACGGUUCAUGAGCUCCAGACCGCUUUAGCCAAAUCCAGCGAGGAGCCGGCCCAGCCCAAACAGAAAGGAGAGCCUCCUGGGAUGGACAGAAGCACAAGGAAAGAGCAGCAGGAGCUGAUGCUGGGAUACGAGGAGAAGAUCGCACAGAUGCAGGAGCUGCACGCGGCUGAGAUCCUGGACAUGGAGUCCAGACACAUCUCUGAGAGCGAGAGUCUGCGGAGAGAGAGCCAGCGUCUGGAGGACGAGUGUGGAGCGCUGAGAGACGCCAUCCACACCCUGCAGAGGUCACAGGCUCCAUCAGUGAGGUCUGAACGUCCAGACGUCUCUCCGAUUAAAGAUGGAUACACCAGCGACAGCGGUUCAGACUGGAGUCAGCGAGCAGGAUAUGAUCCGCACCGCAGCACACCUGAAGGAGCGCGCCGAGACACGGACACAGAGCUCCUGCCCGACACCAUCAAGAGUCUACUGCGUGAGGUGCAUCAGGAGGGCAUGCAGGUGCUGUCUCUGACCGAGCUCCCGCUGACCGAAGAUGAUCCACCUCCACAGAGCAGAGAGAGAGAAAACACCACCCUCAUCAACACCAUCCAGUCUCUACAGCUCCUCAUCAGCACACUGCAGACACACACACAGCUGGAUGUGGACUGGAGAGCGGAGCUGCUUUCAGCCGUCAGCAGGUGUUUGUUCAGGAGCGAGACGUGCUGAAGAACCUCUUAUACUCUCAUCUGGAGCGACUGGACACGGCUGACGCGGUCACUCAUCUCACGCAGCUGGAGCGAGCGCUAGCG